AUGACCUCUUCCUUCACCCAAGACUUACAGAAUGGAGAACACAGCACCAGCAAAGUGUUUGAUACCGAGCAACAAAGAGAGAGUGCAUUAGUGUCAGAGCUUCCCAAAUCCCUCGGUGCGGGCUCUGCUCUGGCUCUGGGGGCAUUCGGCACAACUCUCACGACUCUCUCCCUCAGUUUGAUGGAAUGGCGAGGAGUAACAACAGCAAAUGUCUUCGUUGGGAACUUCUUCUUCAUUGCCGCCUUUGGCCUGGUUGUGACUGCACAAUGGGAGCUGUCCGUUGGUAAUGGCUUUGCCUACACCGUUUUCAGCGCUUUUGGCCUUUUCUAUGCCGGCUAUGGCGCGAUUCUGACACCCGCCUUCGGGGUUGCACAGGCGUAUGGUGGCGCUUCAACUCCUGAAUACAAUAAUGCGGUCGGGUUCUUCAUGAUAUUGUGGACUGUGUUCGUGUUCACUUUUCUGAUUGCGUCGAUCCCGAGCAACGUUGCUUAUAUCUUGGUCUUUUUGUUUGUGGAUCUUGGAUUCUUGACCGUGGCGGCGAGUUAUUUUGCCCUAGCUGAUGGACAUGCAGCUUCAGCUGUUGCUUUGAAAAAGUCAGGUGGAGUUUUCUGUUUUCUGGCAGGCUUGAUUGGGUGGUAUAUUGUUUUCCAUUUGCUGUUGAAGGAGUCUCUCGUGGAUUUACCGCUGGGAGAUACCUCCCGAGUCUUUGGAAAGAAAAAGCAAACAGAAUAG